GUGCGAGCCGCGCGCAUCAGUGGUAGGAGGGGACAGAGCCGCUCCUGCGGGCGCACCGACAGCCCGGCUCCGCAGGUGCCGCCCGCACGGCUCCGCUCGGCUCGGCACGGCACGGCACGGUUCGCUUUGGACCCGCACGGCUCGGCACGGCUCGGCUGGGCACGGCUCGGCGCGGCUCGGCUCGGCACGACGCGCUCACUACGAUGUGCCAUGGGCGGCCGCUCCGGCUGAGCCCCGGGCCGCAGCCCCCCGCCCCGCUGCCCCUGGGGCCGUAGGGCCGCGGCCCCGCGCCCUGCCCGACGAUGACCCAGCCGUGGCCGGCGCUCCGCGGCGUUCUCUGGGAAUACUGCGCGGCGCUCCUGCUCGGAGGCUUCUGGGGGCACUGCUCGCAUGGGAUGCCGCAUGUCAUCCGGAUAGGAGGAAUCUUCGAGUACACCGAUGGCCCCAACACGCAGGUGAUGAGCGCCGAGGAGCAGGCCUUCCGCUUUUCCGCCAACAUCAUCAACAGGAACAGAACGCUGCUGCCCAACACAACGCUGACCUACGACAUCCAGAGGAUCCACUUCCACGACAGCUUCGAAGCCACCAAGAAAGCCUGUGACCAGCUGGCUCUCGGCGUCGUCGCAAUAUUCGGACCGUCCCAAGGCUCCUGCACCAACGCCGUGCAGUCCAUCUGCAAUGCCCUGGAGGUGCCGCACAUCCAGCUCCGGUGGAAGCACCACCCGCUGGAUAACAAGGACACUUUCUAUGUCAACCUGUACCCCGACUACGCUUCCCUUAGCCACGCCAUUCUGGACCUGGUGCAGUACUUGAAAUGGAGGUCGGCCACCGUGGUUUACGAUGACAGCACAGGCCUCAUCCGGCUGCAGGAGCUCAUCAUGGCCCCGUCGCGCUACAACAUCCGCCUGAAGAUCCGCCAGCUGCCGCUGGACACGGACGACGCGCGGCCGCUGCUGAAGGAGAUGAAGCGGGGCCGGGAGUUCCGCAUCAUCUUCGACUGCAGCCACCUGAUGGCAGCCCAGAUCCUCAGGCAGGCCAUGGCGAUGGGAAUGAUGACGGAGUACUACCACUUCAUCUUCACCACCCUGGAUCUUUAUGCGUUAGAUCUAGAACCAUACCGCUACUCCGGAGUGAACCUGACCGGCUUCCGGAUCCUCAACGUGGAGAACCCGCACGUGUCCUCCAUCAUCGAGAAGUGGGCGAUGGAGCGGCUGCAGUCCGCGCCCAAAGCAGAGCUGGGGCUGCUCGACGGCGUGAUGAUGACAGACGCGGCCCUGCUGUACGACGCCGUGCACGUGGUGUCCGUGUGCUACCAGCGCGCCCCGCAGAUGACGGUGAACUCCCUGCAGUGCCACCGGCACAAGGCCUGGCGCUUCGGCGGCCGCUUCAUGAACUUCAUCAAGGAGGCCCAGUGGGAAGGACUCACGGGACGCAUUGUCUUUAACAAGAGCAGCGGUCUGCGCACGGAUUUCGACUUGGACAUCAUCAGCCUGAAAGAAGAUGGCCUUGAAAAGGUGGGUACGUGGAACCCCUCCAAUGGGCUGAACAUCACCGAGAUCUCCAAGGGACGAGGGCCCAACGUCACGGACUCGCUGAGCAACAGAUCUCUGAUUGUCACCACUGUGCUGGAGGAGCCCUUCGUCAUGUUCCGCAAAUCGGACACGGCCCUGUUCGGGAACGACCGCUUCGAGGGCUACUGCAUCGACCUGCUGAAGGAGCUGGCCGUCAUCCUGGGCUUCACCUACGAGAUCCGCCUGGUGGAGGACGGCAAGUACGGCGCGCAGGACGACAAGGGCCAGUGGAACGGGAUGAUCAAGGAGCUCAUCGACCACAAAGCUGACCUGGCCGUUGCUCCUCUCACCAUCACCCACGUACGGGAAAAAGCGAUAGACUUCUCCAAGCCCUUUAUGACCCUGGGGGUCAGCAUUCUGUACCGGAAGCCCAACGGGACCAACCCCAGUGUGUUUUCCUUCCUCAACCCUUUGUCUCCCGACAUUUGGAUGUACAUUCUCCUCGCCUACCUGGGGGUCAGCUGCGUGCUCUUUGUCAUAGCCAGGUUCAGCCCCUACGAGUGGUACGAUGCUCAUCCCUGCAACCCCGGCUCGGACAUCGUGGAGAACAACUUCACCCUGCUCAACAGCUUCUGGUUCGGGAUGGGCGCGUUGAUGCAGCAAGGCUCCGAGCUGAUGCCCAAGGCUCUCUCCACGCGGAUCAUCGGCGGCAUCUGGUGGUUCUUCACCCUGAUCAUCAUCUCGUCCUACACGGCCAACCUGGCCGCCUUCCUGACGGUGGAGAGGAUGGAGUCCCCCAUCGACUCGGCAGACGACCUGGCCAAGCAGACCAAAAUCGAGUACGGGGCCGUGAAGGACGGGGCGACCAUGACCUUCUUCAAGAAGUCCAAAAUUUCUACCUUUGAAAAAAUGUGGGCUUUCAUGAGCAGCAAACCCACAGCUCUCGUUAAGAACAACGAGGAAGGAAUCCAGCGGACCCUGACGGCCGACUACGCCCUGCUGAUGGAGUCCACCACCAUCGAGUACAUCACCCAGAGGAACUGCAACCUCACCCAGGUCGGGGGGCUCAUCGACUCCAAGGGCUACGGCAUUGGGACCCCCAUGGGCUCACCGUACCGGGACAAGAUCACCAUCGCCAUCCUGCAGCUGCAGGAGGAGGACAAGCUGCACGUCAUGAAGGAGAAGUGGUGGCGGGGGAACGGCUGCCCUGAGGACGAGAACAAGGAGGCCAGCGCCCUGGGCAUCCAGAACAUCGGCGGCAUCUUCAUCGUGCUGGCGGCGGGCUUGGUGCUGUCGGUCUUCGUGGCCAUGGUGGAGUUCAUCUACAAGCUGCGGAAGACGGCGGAGCGCGAGCAGCGCUCCUUCUGCAGCGCGGUGGCCGACGAGAUCCGGCUGUCGCUCACCUGCCAGCGCCGGGUCAAGCACAAGCCACCGCCUCCCGUCAUGGUGAAGGCGGACGCCGUGAUCAACAUGCACACCUUCAACGAUCGGCGGCUGCCAGGGAAGGACAGCAUGAGCUGCAACACCGGCCUGACGCCCGUGUUCCCAUAGGCAGCGGGACCUGGGGGCGGGAGGGAAGGACGUGCGAAGGAUGCGCUCCGAAGUAGGGAAGAAAGGAUUUCAAAAGGGAAAAAAAAAAAAAAAAAAAACAGGAGGGAAAAGAAAGAAAGGAAAAAAAAAAACAGGGGAAAAAAAAAAAAAACAAAGCUUGGUUUGGUUCAUUUCGAGAACAAGGCCUUUCAACACAGCUGCAUCCAUCACCGGCGCAGAAGCAACGACUUCAAAGCACAGACUGCACUGUGGGUCUCGGGGCUUUUCCGUUUUGCUUCCAUUGUUUUUCGUUCCUUAUUUUUUUACAGCUUUGCCCCCUGGCCUCGUGCAGCCCAGCACGCCCCACCCGGAGUCUGAUGUUUACACACCGAGCACACGCAGAGGCACAGCUGAACUGAGCCAAACUGAGCCCCGGAGGGCAGCGAGGAGCCCCCGAGCACGGCUCCUCCAGCAUGGCAAUAAAGAGACACGUUGUCCAUCGGGUGUGCAUGGCACACCUGGCAGAAAGGGACGGGACAAGCCCCCCCCAGGCACUGCAGCUGCCGACCCCGGCACGGAGCGCUGUGCAGGAGCAGGCAGCACAGCAGCCAUCGGUGGAGCCCAGGCAGCCUGCGACAGAGCACAGCAAGCUGGAAUGGAACGGGACCCGGGCAGGAAGGGGCUGGCACGGUGUGCGUGGGGACUGCGAGGAACUGCUGCCAGCCCAGGGGCUGCCCCAGCGCCGUGCACUGUGCGGCUCCCAGGCAGCAGAGCCCAUGGUCUGCAGCAGAGAUGGGAGGAGAGCUGUUUGCCAGAGGUGGAUGGGAUGGGUGCUAUGAAGCUGGCUGCAGCUCUGCGCGCUCGCACCCCAGCAUCCCGGCACCUGGGGCCCCAGCACGCGGUGCCACAUCGGCCCUGCACCUCUCGCCCACCCGCAGCUCCACGCAAACGCGCUCAGAUGUUUUUAAGGAAUCUUCCACGCACUGUGUUCUUCUUUUCAGGUCGCUAACCCAGAAGGCUGGUCCUGAGCACCCAUCGAGUCAGAAUUACCAAAGACCCCUCUGCCAACUGAAAGGAACGCUGAGCAGCGCCGCUCCGCUGCAUCCCCCCCCACGGGGACACCACCGAUUGCUCCCCAGCCAUUGCAAAACGAAGCGAGCGGACACGGCGCUGCCCGCUGUCACCCCGAGCACCAUGAGGAGAGCACUGCAGAGAGCGCUUUAAAGCUCUGAUGCAGACACUGGUGUGGAAGGAAAGCACGGCCCUCAGCCCCCACCCAGCAUCCCACAGUGCGGGGGCUUCUUCCCACCCCCCAUCAGGAAGGUUUCCUUGGAGCUGAUCCCAAUUAGCAACUUAGAUCGGGGGAUGAUAGCUCCUUCCCCCCACCCAACAAAAAAAAAAUAAUAAUUUGUCUUUAUUUUGUUCUCCCCUGGUGUAAAGAAGUAACGUAGAGACCCGGAACUAAAAACGGAUUUGUCACGGUUUGACUCAAGCAGAGAGAUGCAAGGAAUUCACAUUUCUUUCCACCUUUUCAUAGAAAUGGUGAAAAAUCAGAGCUGGAAGCUGCCACCUCAGCACACGUCACCACGGCCGCAGUUUGCUGACCCUGCUCCCGCUGCCGAGGUUGCACUGUGAGCUCAGCUCUGCUCCCUGAGCUGAUGGCAGCGCCCAUGCUCCUCACCACCCCGGGGCUGGGCAGGGCAGCGGGGCUCAUCUUCCCCCUGCAGAUCCGUAAGCCAUUACACAGAGAUUUUUACAACCACAACAAAGAUAAAAACAAAGCCUGAAACUGGCUUUACACGUCCUGAGAGUAAACCACCCCCAAACCAGCAUUCAUUUUGCUUCUCCGCGGACCGCUUUUUUUUUUUUUACUGAGCUAAAUAUCACCACCGCCGUGAGCACCGGUUAUUCAUCCUUGACACCAGUUCAAUUUCCUUUUACUCACAAAUGCCCCAGAGUGACAGGUGAGCACCAGCACCGUGCUCGUGCUGUCGGCCGGCAAGACAAACCGCUGCGGCUCUGCCUUCUCCCUUCUCUCUCCGACUGCACGGCAGCACUCCACGCGUCUGCGCUGCGCUUUGGUGCUCACAACCCUGUUCACUUACAGGAAGCACUGGAUCUGCUGACAGCACCGUGCUGCCGGGCAGGGAGCUCACAGAGCGGGCACCACCGGCCCCGUGUCCCCCUCCCCUCCACCAACCCAGCCCUGCUCACUGUGCUGGGCUCGCUGCUGUAUGCUGCAGCAGGCUGGGACGCAGCUGGGAUGCACUUGGGACGCAGCUGGGGCUGGGCUGUGCAGGCAGCAGAGAGGAACCUGGCAGCUGGCAGAGGGGAGGCCCCAGAAGGUGCAGAUGUGAUGACAAAGCGUCAAAGCCUUCUGCAUGCUGCGCUGUGACCUGCUCCUGGCUACCGGCGGCUCACGUCUUAGGAAUCCGACUUCCAGCUUUCAAGCAGGUUCAUUCCUUGCUCGGUGGGCAGAGGGACCGAAGAAGUGAGGAGGAAAUGAAGAAAGCCACAUUUGGGCGACUGAACUGUCCCCGAAGCGCUGCCAUUCCCAUUCACUGUCCCUUUGCCACCUGCUCCCUCCUUCCAGGUCUCCUGUGAGACAGAGCAGGGAUGCAGCGGGCAGCUUCCUCUGGGGCUGCUCUUCCAUGGGGCUGAACUGAUGAGAGCUGGGUAAAGACGCCAGCACUGCAAACCCACGGAGUCAGCGCACACAGGGACGCUGCUCAGCCCCACAGCUGCUGCCCAUGGGGGUCCCUGACCCACAGCACCGCGGCGUGGGACGCACUGCGCUGCCCGCACCUCUGUCAAACAAAAAAAGGACAAAACGAAAUUAAAAGGAAAAACAAAAAACAAUAACCAACUGGCAACAACCACGGAAAAGAGUGCGAAAAAAAAAA